UAAUGAGAAACCUCUGCUUUUUCUUUAAGUUCUAUAUUAUCCAGCUGUCUUAUGUCUAGUUUUUACUUUGGCACUAUGCGUCUCAGGGUAACUGUAUAGAGACGUAUAAAAUGUUUCUCAUGAUUAUCUGCCCUGGUUGCUUAUAUUACACUCUGAAGUUGUGGCUUUCAGCAUAUGAUAGAGAUAAUGUAGAGAUGUUCUGUUGAACUGUUAGCAGUGGGAAUGUACCAUGGUGGGGGAGUUUGUGUAAUGUCCACUAUUCUUUGUUGUUGUUACACACACACACACACAAAUACACUUAAUUCUAUGGCUUACUUCAGCUUUUUCUUCAGUUUGCCCCGAACGAUAGCUUUCCUCUUCAUUCUUAGAGACUGAUUAAGAUAGAUAACAUAUCUGUUUUAUGUGAUAGGUUUUGUUCAUGAUAUCUAUUGAGCCAGCUCCGAUGCUCGAGGAUAAAGAAAAAUGGUCUCUCGUCUUUCAUGACUUUGUUGCAAAAUGCCUCACAAAAGAACCACGUCUACGCCCUACUGCAGCUGAGAUGUUGAAGCACAAAUUUAUUGAGAAGUGUAAAAGUGGAGCUUCCGCAAUGUUUCCAAAGAUUGAGAAGGCCAAGAAAAUCAGGGCUUCAAUGGCUACUCAAUCACAAAGUGUUGCUCCUUCUGAAUCAGGGAACAUUCCAGCAAUAGGUCCAAAAUUGAAUGAAGAUUAUGGAGAUACUGUUCCGUCAAGGCCCCUUAAUAUUGCACUUCAAGAGGAAACUGAAGCAGGUUCAAUUAGCACUCAAGAGAAGCAGCAAAUAUCUGAUAAUGUGGAAGUGGCUGGAGAAGGUUAUUUUGGCACUGUGAUCGUUCAUGGUGGAGAUGAGGCAGAUAACACAUUCACCAGGACUCAGUCAUCCAGUGUUAAACAAUUUUCACAUGAUGCAGCACAUGUUGAGAGCCCUUCUGUUUUCAGCUUUGAAAGCAAACCAGUGGAGCCCUGGAUUGACAGUAAAACAGAUGUUGCUGCAAACAAUUGUUCAGUUGGUGAAUUGAGUCCUGUUGGGCAGACCAUGAAUACAUCCUCACCUGCUAUACCUGUCUUGCCUGAGCAGAAACUCCAGGUUAAUAACAUUUCUCGGACACAGGUUGAAGGGGAUGGUGGCAUUUGUUCUACCAAAUUGAAGAAUGAAACUGUCAGCAAGAAAGCAUUCGCUUUGCAAGAUAAGCUUUGGUCAAUAUAUGCUGCUGGGAACACAGUACCCAUUCCGUUCUUGAGGGCAACUGAUAUAUCUCCUAUUGCACUCUUGUCAGACAAUGUGCUUGGAGGUAUACAGCAGGAAAAUAGUGGAACUGUGGCUGCAGAAGAACUAUUUUCAAUUCCCACUUUCUAUGCUGAAUUUCUUGAAGUUGUUAUCUUUACUUCCUACUUUUAA